CCAACAAAAUGAAAAGCACGAUAACUCGCGGCCUCGAAUUAAUCGUUCCUAGAUUUAGGUCACCAUGACCUAAAACUCAUUCAUACUUUGCGUGAACACCACACACCCCCCGCCAUCAUGUUCUCGUCGUGCUUUGGGACUAGCCAUGGCCGGCGGUCAGAGGAACAAGAACAAGAGCCGUUACUCCCCCAAUAUGAUGAUGCUACUUCGCGCCAGCGGCGCCUCCACCAGAAGCUGCACACAUACCAGACGCUCCGCGCCUUGUCCAAAGGUUUCAUGCCAUCUAACGAGCAGGCAAUCAUCAGUCUCCGCACUCUGCUUGCUGCCGACAUGCUCAAUCCCAAUGAUAAUACCCAGCUCAGCGACUCCGGGCGGGCCCUGGUACACUACAUCAAACAAUGGUUAAAGCAGCUUAUCGAGCUCCUGCAGCAUAAAAAUGCUGGCGACCAGAUUCAGGACUUCAUUUGGUAUUUGUCACAGGCGAGAGUGUCUGUUGACAUGGAGCACAUUGCCGAGCGCGCCGGCAAGGCGAAAGCUGCCGCUGACCGGGCGGCAGUUUACCGCAGCCUCCAAACGGUCGGUUCCCUGCUGCUCACCAACUCAGAUUUCCGCUUGUUCCUCGGCGAUCUCGACGUCGUGGCCCGUGAAGUCUUCAAAGACACAGCAUUCGCCAUUUCUGAAGCUUCCCAAGAGGCUGGCAAGCGCCUUGAGCCUUCUAGUGCGGAACAGGAAUCGGUAAAGCGACUCAGCAACGGCUCCCAAAGCCCGCCGUCGCAACAAGAGCUCUUUGAUCAGACCGCCGAGUUUUCCAACGUCGUGAGUGGAACGGUUUCUACGGUCGCCGGUGAGACCGAGAACAGCAUGCGCCAAAGGUUGGAAGGCCCAGAGACAAACACCAUGAUUCACCGUCUAAAGGAUGCCGUGACAAAUCUUCGCCAACGCCGCGACUAUUCGGAUUCAGUCACGACGCUGUCGCUUCUCCUCAAACGCUAUGCGAUGAUUUACGCACAUAUUGCUCGUGAUACAGCCCAGGCGGUUGACGAGGAUGUAGACCGCAACCGUGAAACGGACGAGGCUUUGCGGAACUUCUGGGUCUUUAUUAGGUCAUUCGGCGAGAAAAGUCAAUGGGAGGACCUGGAGAAGCGCAGUAACGCGGUCGUGGAGCAUGGCCGCGAGGACCCCGGUUUUGAUGACUUAGUUGGCCGGUUGGGGAACGCGCUCCAGGAUAUGUUUACCGACCCGUCCUUUUUUGACCAUGUCGAGGAACGUUUUCAGGAGCUCCGCGCCCAGUUCAGACAACUAUCGUCUCAUUCUUCUCUGCGGGACGACAUAGACGGGCUUCUGUCGCAAUUACAGGCAACAUUUUAUUCCGUCCUUAGAGAUAAGGAUGUGGCCAGCCUCAUCAAGACAUCGACCACCAUCAGCAACAUCCUGUCGCCGAAGAAUCAUUACGCGAACUCGGACCUUUUGGCGGACGCAAUCAACGUGUUCGUCCCACUUCUCAUCCAGUCAAUCAACUACGUCCCCAUACCCAGGCUCGAAGUUUCUACACCCCAACUCGACCUCCUGCUUGAGAACCUUGUCUUGGAGCCCGGCAGUACGGUUAACCACACAUCAUUCUUUCCCUACAAGCUUCGCAUUGAAACACUCAAUGAUGUUGAGAUCCGCAAGGCAAGGUUCCGGACAACGUCGGCUGUCAAGACAUUGAUGAGAGUCAGAGUAGACGGUCUCUCUAUCCGGGCAGAAGAAAUUGGUUUUUGGCUCAGGGCGCACUCGGGCCUCUUGAGGCUAGCAGACGAAGGAAUUGCCUCGUUUGAACUGGACGAACGGGGUCUCGAUGUCCAGCUCGACAUCGAAGUUGGCAGGGACAGGCUUGAGAAGAUUCUCACUCUCAGGGGGGUCAGGGUGCGCAUCCACAAGCUCAACUGGAAACUUCGGCGAAGCAAGUUCAGCUUCUUUGCGUGGCUCUUUAACCCCCUCCUCAAGCCCAUCAUCCGCGGGACUGUGGAGAUGAAGAUUGCAGCUGCCAUCGGGGAAGCCCUGCAUUUCGCGAACCGCGAGCUACUCUACGCGCGGGAAAGGCUCCGGGCUACACGUAUCGCAGACCCAGAUGACCUGAAAACCUUUUUCAAGGCUGUUCUGGCGAGACUGGUGCCUCCUGAUGACCCAGACCUCUACACCCGGGUCGGGGUGGCACAGCCAGGGCACGGCGUGUUUGAGGGUGUCUAUACCCCUGGUAGUCUCGUUAAGCUUUGGAGAGUCGAGGCGGCGCAAGCGCCACAGAGGAUCCGCGAGAACGAGAGAGAUGGCUGGCGAAACAGUAUUUUUGACGUUCAGGCAACGAUGCUCACUUGAGGCUUUACUGGCAUGUCCCAGUCCAGCGAUGGAGUGACGCGGGUUCUCGCGGCGUGGCAAUGUGAACGGUCAGACAACUUGUGGUUACCAAUAUGCCUUAUUGGUUCUGUAUUUGACCUAAUUUGAACUUGUAGCUUAAUGAUCACAUUCUUUUCCUGCAUGUCCAUUUUAUUUAGUAGCAUUAAUUGGUAUGUGUAUUAACGCUAGCCACCGGGGGCCUGGCU